AUUAUUAACAUCCCUGACCCACUGAGCUCUCUCUAGAUAUCUCAACAGAAAAUGGAGGCAAAUGUGUUAGCACUAACGUGCUUCGCUCCCCCGCCAUUACCAACUUUCUCUGUUGCCCUCGCAAGGCUUCCAAUAAUUCCUCACCCUUCUCCCUUCAAGCCCAAGCACUCACACUUCUCAGUUCUGAGGCGGUGUAUGAACAAGGAUGAGCAGCUUAUAGAUGGGCUUCCAAAGGAGUAUUAUGAUGAUGAAUGGCAAGCACGGCAACGGGAAAAGACAAAGGAGCUUCAUCGAAGACGUCAACAGGAAGAAGAAGAAGAGGAAAGAAAGAUUGAAGAGUAUCGUGAAAUUGGCACACGCUUGAAAGGGUAUCCGGAAGAAGAUGUCAGAAAAGCACGGAGAUUGGUUUCGAGCUUGAUCAGAGCUGCUGAAGAAGUUGAAGAGGAAAUUGAGAAAGCUGCUGAGAAAGGAGAACUCAAUGAACUUGUUCUAAUGGUCAUAUGGAAUCGCCUUGAUCUUGCUAGACGUGACGAAGAAAAGGAUGCUAUAAGAAGUCUUGAUCUGUUAUAUAGAAGGGUUGAGACUGAGAUUUUGAAACGGGAGGCUACUCCUGCCAUGAGACUGCUCAACGAUCUUUUGAAUAUGCAUGAUGGGUUUGAUGAUGAAGGCUGGAUGAAGGAAUGCAAAAAACGCAUGGUUGACACCUUUCCUAGAGAGGAUCCAUUUAGCAUUCUUGUUCCAGCAGGAUUUGACAUUGAUAAGCAUCAAGGGCCACUUCGACCUCCACUUGAAGCUGAUGAUACACUUUUAAGGGUAGACUUUGUCAGAGAGGUUAAUGCAUUGCUACAAGAGGUCCGGUAUCAACAAACUGAAGCACAGCAUGCACAAGAUUCGUUUGAUCCUGAAUCUGUUGCAAGUAGGUUGAAGCAACAGGAGAAACAAAGAGCCAUACGCCAAGUAGAAUCACUGCUGGACCUGGCCAUAAAUUUGAAAUGGUAGCCAUACUUUGUACCUUUUAUUGCUAAUAUGGGGUUUUGGAAUCCCAGUUUGCCACAUUUUUUAUGUUGUGCCUGGGUUUAUUGUAGCAGUUGUAUUUAUAUUAGGACCUUUGUGCGCUUAUAUUACAGUUGAUCUAUAAAAGAAAUUAUAUGUUUUUCUGCACAAUUUCGAA